CGAAAAUGCCAACCCUGCCAAGAGGAAAAUGUUCUUCAUGAAGCUUACGGAUAUUGCAUAACAUGUGGAAAAUACUUGUGUGAUGCUUGCUUCAAAUAUCAUCGUCGACCAAAACCUUUCAAAGAUCACGUUCUUGUUGAAUACAAGACCAUUUUGUCAAAAGAAAGAGCCCCCACGCCUCCAGACCCAGAUAAACAUAAGGUUUCAGAUGACCAGGAUCUGCAGCAAGGUGAAAAUAAUGAUAAAUGCAAGACAAAGAAAUCUCCCCCACCAGUUCCAAGCAGAAGGAGGAUAUUCAAUACAAAAUGUUCUGUUCACCCUUUCAGAAGAUCUUAAAUAUCAAUGCAAAAGUCAUGAAAUAAUUGUAUGUAGCGAAUGCGCUUUAAAACAGCAUAGACAAUGUGAUGAGCUGUACAACAUUCAUGAUAUUUAUGAUUCUGAAAGUAAACGCAUUGUUUCAAAAAUCAAAUAUGUAGAAGAUAAAGCAGCGUAUAUACUAAAGCAAGAAACAAAUGCCAACGAAGAUUCUGACGUAUCCUAUGAGGAGGUUUUGUCACAAAUCCGUUUAGAUAGAGAGCAAGUUAACAAAUAUUUUGACGAAACCGAAAAACGCUUAAACAAUGAGGUUUAUAGAUUUCGAGAGGGAAGCAAGAUAAGGCAAACGGAGAUGCUCGAUAUAUGUCAGAAACUUAAAAAGAAAAAAGACUUAAUACGUGAUACCAAUUUAUCAGAAAUUGAGAGAUACAUAUCAAUGACCGAAGGAGAGGGCGAAGUAGACAACAUAAAGAGAGAUCUCAAGGGAGUUUUCGGUCUGAGUUUACGUGUUUCUUAUAAAUCACAGUACCAAAUGCUUGAUUCGGAAAACUUUGUUGUCGAGAAACAUCAAAGACGUAAACUUAAGCUUCAAAAAAAGGUAAAUAUAGCAGGUGGAAAGCAGUCGUGCUCUAUAACUGAUAUAGCAACACCCUCAAAUGAAACAUUUCCCGUGAUACUUGUAGAUAAUAUAAACAAAAGACUGAUUAUUAUUUCCGUUGAAUAUUCACUGAUGUAUCACCAGCUUGAAUGGUUACCUUGGGGAAUCACAUUUAUCAGCUAUGAUAGGCCAAAUGGUGAAAUAGCAAUUUCUUGUCCAUAUGAUGACAGGAUAUUAUUUUUUACUAUCGAUGAAAUUAUUACUGUUAGUAAGCGUACAUAUAUAAAAGUGGACAGUCCCGGAGGAAUCAGAUAUCAUAAGUCUGAAAAUGUGAUGAUAGUUGCCACAGAUUAUGAAAAUGCUAGCAUUCAGUGUUGGUCGCUUAAUGGUCAUUUUGUGAGAACCAUUGCUUCUUUCGGUUUGCGCAUUGACAGAAUAAACCUUACAAAUGAUGAUCAAAUCAUUUUUGCUUCUCCUUCAAAGCACUGCAUACAGUCGUGUGAUAUGUCUGGCAAUAUCUUAAGAGAUUUUCCAUAUAUAGAUGACAAAAUGCGUGGACCAUUUGGUAUUACCGCUGACCAAUUUCAGUCAAUCUAUGUAUGCGGAUUUAACUGUUUAAGUGUGGUUUCAAUUGAAGGGGAAUGGAAUGAACUUCUGACAAGUGAUGGCGGAUUUGCACCACAGUCACUCCUUGUCAGUAAUAGGUCAGACAGACUUUACGUUGGACAAACAAGAAAACAAUCGAGUGCUGAUUUUGAUUUUCUUAUUUUUGAAUUAUGAAAACCAUAUGACAAACUAAGACAUUGCAAAACUUAUCAAAAUGUAACGGUGGCUAGCUUUUGCUUUCUAAUUAUAAACCUGCUGACAUUUCAAUAUUAAAGGAGCAAUAAGCAAGUGAUUUUUUUACGUAAGGAAUGCAGAGAUGUUAAGGCUAUGAUGAUAUAUUUAUAACAUUUCGUGUUAUUAGCAAAUACUUGCUUAAUGUAAAAUAUUGUAAAUAAAUAAAAGUAUUCAGGACUUUUAAUUUAAAGAAAUUUUAACUAUAAGAAUUUUGUUGGUAUGAGUCAAUGGGAUAACAUGUUGUUUCAUGUUAAAUUUUACAUUUCUAGAAUUAAUAGGACUAACCUUUACCUGUUAGCUCCACUUGUUAAUGAUGCAAAAUUGCCAAUUCAAUUAUUUGUAAGUGAAUUAAAUUUACAGUAGGUAAACGGUUCAGCAUGAAAUGAAAGGGAUAUAGACAUAGACAUUUAUGUUUUUAUGUUAUGAUUGAUUAAUGGGAAAGAAAAACUGGUUAGCAAAUGCAUGAUUAUGGUUUUGCAUAUGUGUGAGAUUCGUCUGAAACCGAUUGAGAAAAGACUUUUAUAUUAUGUUUAAAACAACGGACCAUCGACAGUCAUGUUCAAGGGGGCAUGUGAAUAAGGAAAACAGUCUAUAAGAAGUAUCUUAUCAUGUUAAAAGUGAUUUUAAGUAUGCAAAGUAAUUGGAUGGUAUGCCUUGUAAUUUAAGAUUUUAUUUUAGGUUGUCUUCACAACCUUCGAAAAUUUAAACAGGUCGAAACGGUACGAAGAGAAUCGUGUGAAAUCAACGUCAUUGUAUAUAUACUUAGAUAAGCACGACAUUAAAUAGAGGAUAUUGAAUGAGUGUAGGUUUAAUACUAAAUUUAUUGAACGAGUUGAAUAAAAUCAUAUUAUGCGAGCCUCUGGUGAGCAUAAUAUUGUUUUAUUCAACGAGUUCAAUAAAUUAAGUAUUGAAUCUACACGAAUAUAAUGUUCUAUUUAU